AAGGAAAACCAAACAAAGCAACUAGCUUGUGGAAGGAAGGAGCGGGAGAAGGAGAUCCUCCCUGCCUCUUUCCCAUAUCCCUCACACACGCCCAUCACCCUCCCUCCCAGCAUUCCCUUCUCACCACCUUUACUUCCUCUCCCCGAUCGACCGCUGGCCGUUCCGUCUGCUCCAUCCCCUCCGCUCGUCCCACCACAUGCUGCGGCGGCGCGGCUGGCUCGUCGCCGUGACGCUUUCGGCGCUGCUGCUCGCGGCGGUGCGGCCGGCGGCGGCGGGCGCAGCGGCGUGGUGCAUCGCGCGGAGCGGGGCGUCGGACAAGGCGCUGCAGUCGGCGCUGGACUACGCGUGCGGCCCCGCGGGGGGCGCCGACUGCGCGCCCAUCCAGGCCAGCGGCCUCUGCUACCUGCCCAACACCCUCGCCGCGCACGCCUCCUACGCCUUCAACUCCAUCUUCCAGCGCUCCCGCGCCGCGCCGGGGGCCUGCGACUUCGCCGGCACCGCCACCGUCACGCUCACCGACCCCAGUUAUGGAUCAUGCACCUACCCUUCAUCUCCAAGCACUGCCGGGCAAUCAAGAGCACCAGGUUCAACAUCCUCCACUCCGAGCGCCACGUUUAAGUCACCACCGGGCACUGGAGGAUUGAGCCCACCUGAUGUCGAUUCAACAGAUUCCUAUGCCGAAGCUCCACCUACCACAUCCUUCUCGUCUGUUGCUCUGUCCUGUUUCAUGUACAUGUUCUUGGAAGUGUGGUGAUGCAUGGACGAUCUAGUUAGAGUGUUAGACUCUGUAGAGCAUUGCCAUGUUGCAUUUGCAUCAUCAUGUAACAAACACUGCAACAAUUUUGUUUCAGGGUUGGUUGGUGGUAGCGGUUGUAACCUGCCUUUCAAGUGAAAGGCAAGAGUGCCGGUCAGUUGGAUUCUCUCAACUUAUCAUUAUUUUUUUUAUCAACUUAUCAUAGAUUUGUCUUUGGAAGUUUUUAGGAAAACAGAAUUAUAUUACUAGGUCACUUUGUUAGAGAUAUACUACAAGGAACAUUUGGGGCCAAU